AUGGCCUCCACUUGUUCUGCAACAACACCAAAAUCCAUCGUUCUCACACCUCCCUCUUCAUCUUCCACCGACAAAUUAUCCAAUCUCUCUUUCCUCAAUUCCUCCAUAUCCACUUCCUUCAAGCUCGCCCAAUCCAUUUCCAUUUCCCAUUCCCAUUCUGAAAAGGCCACUUUCAUCACCACCAAUGUCCUCAAGACUGUGGAAUCGAUCGACAUAUCGAGGUCCAAAACUCGAGAUCUCGAAUCUGUAAUAUCAACCUCCAAGCCUACGAUCCUCGUGUCCGAGAAACUAGGAGAGGCUGGUCUCGACCUGCUCCGUAGCUUCGGGAAUGUUGAUUGUUCGUACAAUUUGUCUUCGGAGGAGCUGUGUUCAAAGAUCUCGUUGUGUGAUGCGUUGAUUGUGAGGAGUGGGACGAAGGUAACUCGUCAGGUGUUCGAGGCCGCCAAGGGAAGAUUGAAGGUGGUGGGAAGAGCCGGUGUUGGGAUUGACAAUGUGGAUCUGCAGGCCGCGACGGAGUUUGGUUGUCUCGUUGUUAAUGCUCCCACUGCGAAUACUAUUGCUGCCGCUGAACAUGGCAUUGCUUUGAUGGCUGCCAUGGCUCGUAAUGUUUCCCAGGCCGAUGCCUCCAUGAAAUCUGGAAAAUGGCAACGGAACAAGUAUGUCGGUGUCUCACUGGUUGGAAAGACAUUAGCAGUCAUGGGAUUUGGAAAAGUUGGAUCUGAAGUUGCCAGACGUGCUAAAGGCCUUGGAAUGCAUGUUAUUGCACAUGACCCAUAUGCCCCAGCUGAUAGAGCCCGUGCUGUUGGUGUGGAUUUGGUCUCCUUUGAUGAGGCCAUCUCCACUGCAGAUUUUGUUUCACUCCAUAUGCCUCUUACUCCUACUACUAACAAAAUAUUCAAUGAAGGAAAUUUUGCAAAGAUGAAAAAGGGAGUGCGCUUAAUCAAUGUUGCAAGGGGUGGUGUUAUUGACGAAGAUGCAUUAGUGAGGGCCCUUGAUAGUGGAAUAGUUGCACAGCAUGAGAAUGUCACUGUCACACCUCAUCUUGGAGCUAGCACAAAAGAAGCACAGGAAGGUGUAGCUGUUGAAAUUGCUGAGGCUGUAGUUGGAGCGCUAAAAGGGGAACUUUCGGCAACUGCUGUCAAUGCUCCCAUGGUGCCUGCUGAGGUGCUAUCUGAGUUGGCUCCCUAUGUCGUGCUAGCAGAGAAGCUGGGUCGACUAGCUGUACAGUUAGUGGCCGGAGGAAGUGGAAUUCAAUCUGUGAAGGUGAUUUACAGAUCAGCUCGUGAUCCAGAUGACUUGGACACAAGGCUUCUCCGAGCCAUGAUCACAAAAGGCAUCAUUGAGCCAAUUUCUAGCUCAUUCAUCAACCUAGUCAAUGCAGAUUUCACUGCCAAGCAGAAAGGCCUUCGCAUAACUGAGGAGCGCGUUGUUGUUGAUUCAUCCCCCGAGUACCCAGUGGAUUCAAUCCAGGUGCAAAUAAGCAAUGUGGAGUCAAAAUUUGCAAGUGCAUUGUCAGAUAAUGGUAAUAUUAGCGUUGAAGGGAGAGUGAAAUAUGGGAUCCCUCAUCUGACCAGAGUGGGUUCAUUUAGCGUGGAUGUGAGCCUAGAAGGAAACCUCAUACUGUGCCGUCAAGUGGAUCAACCCGGCAUGAUUGGACAGGUUGGAAGCAUUCUUGGCGAGCGCAAUGUGAAUGUGAGCUUUAUGAGUGUGGGAAGGACUGUUAAACGCACCAACGCCAUCAUGGCAAUUGGAGUUGAUGAAGAACCAGACAAGGAUACCCUUAAAGAAAUAGGAGAAGUGCCUGCAAUUGAGGAGUUUGUAUUUCUCAAACUGUAG